CUGAAGUGUGUGCCAUAGGAAGAAAGUACAGGGACACAGAGGCAAUAGGUAAAAGGAAGCACAACAAAUGGAGAAGAGUGGGGAGAACCUCAGCAGCACCCAACCAAAUUAUGGUUAUUCUCAGAAUCCACUGUAUCCGCCAGCUAUGGGGGGUGGUCCGUCAGUCCCAGUUUACAUGCCUCCUCCUCCUAGUUACAGUGAACAAGAUCCAGCAGCACUAAAUGCCCAAAUUAACAACCCAUCUUCUCAGAUCUUCCUGGAAGCAAACAGCUACCCUGAGCAUGAUGCAGAAGCUGGCCCUCCAGAGUACACCUUUGGUGUGGUGGGCAGCAGCCCUUUCUCUGAGAGUGCAAUCAGAAGAGCUUUCAUCAGAAAGGUUUACCUAACCUUGGCCAUGCAGCUUGCUCUAACUGUUGGACUUAUCUGCAUGUUUAUUUUUUGGAAAAGACUGAAGAACUGGGUGCAGGAGUAUCCAUACAUUGUAUAUGCCCUCUGCCCUGCAAUCAUUAUUCUGGCUUUAGUCCUUGCAUGCUGCCAGCAAGUACGGCGUAAAGUUCCCUACAACUUCAUCUUCCUUGGACUAUUUACUGCAGUGGAAGGGUGCAUGCUUGGAACCAUAGCCGCACUUUUUGAUGCUGAUGCAGUAAUGUGGGCUGGUGGCGCCACAAUAGUUGUUACAUUGGGACUGACCAUUUUCGCACUACAGACAAAGUGGGACUUUACCAUGCUGUCUGGGGGAUUGUGCGUUGCCUUGCUGGUGCUUCUGUGCUUUGGUAUACUCUGCGGAAUCCUGAGAUCAAUGUACCUCAAUAUAGUGUAUGCAUCCAUUGGAACCUUCAUCUUUGGAAUGUACCUCGUUGUGGACACGCAGUUGAUAGUUGGUGGGAAACAUCGCUAUGCAGUAAGCCCAGAGGAAUAUAUCUUUGCUGCCCUCAAUAUCUACUUGGACAUUAUAAAUCUUUUCCUCAUGCUGCUGCAGAUUUUUGGGAUCUGUGGUUCUAAUUAACCGGAAAACUCCAGUUGCGGGGAAACAUAUUGUGCCGCAGGGCCUACAUACAUUUAUUGCAUAACUGCGGCCAGCACACAACCAGCACUUUGCAUCACAGAUGUGCAGCAGGCUCUAACCUGAGUGAAACAAGAGGUUUUUUACAGCUCGUUGAACUGUUCAGUUUUUUAAAUUUGCGGAAACUUUGUUCCUGUGUCUGUUUUAACUAUUUAUUUAAUAAAGAUGUUCUUUCUCUUAAA